AUGACCAGAACUCCUAAACGCGCCCUCCUCGGAAUCGACUAUAGAGCUAGAUCACCCAAGCGACGGAAGUUUAGUACGGCUGCUACCGUUGAUAUAGACUCGCCCCCAGCCACACAAGCAAAUAUACAAUCCCCCAACUCCCAGCACACAAAGGCAGAAAAGUUAAGAUUGAUUGAAGAAGAAGGCGUUUACCCUGCACGCGCUAUAUUGCAAGAGAAGAGGGUUGGCACUCAGAAGCAAUAUCUAGUUGAUUGGGAGGCCCAUCCAGAAACAGGUGAAGUCUGGGAGCCAAGUUGGGAACCAAAGAAGAACGUAACAGAACCGCUGCUCCGAGACUGGAGAUCCAGGAAUCCGAAGAAAUCCAAGGACUUGCCAUACGAACCAUCUCAAGCGCUCCCCAGCAACGUCACUGCGUCUUCCUCGACAAACGGACUUGGCAAGACUCUGCUCAAGACCCGUCUGAAGCGCUCGCGACCUAUCGUCACUGAUUCAUCCAGUGAUAUCGCUUCCACCCACGAAGCUGAUGCCGCUCAAACGUCCAUCACUCCUAGUCUAGCGUCUACUACAGACUCCUCAGCAGACGACGACUACGGUCCAAUAUCGCCUUCCUUUGAGAUUUCCGAGUCUCAACAUCAGUCGUCUCUGUCAAACCCUGCCGCAACACCAGCACCGUAUACCGUCCAAAUACCCCCAAUAGGCUUUGACAAGUCCGAGUACGAGUCACUCAAAGGCAGCAGCCAAAUAAAUCCUGGUCUCAGUUCACCUCUCCAGCAAUCGGCAACGCCAAACUCCGCGCCACGCAGCACGCGAUCACAACAUCUCUCUAUUCAGAAUAGCCCUAUUCUCUUGAGCUCACAAUCACUCUCGAGCCACAAAAGCACCCGUAUCCCUGCCUCAGCCGAGAGAGACCAGGCUCAGAUCAAAUCCGGCCCGAAUCAGUCUCCUACAUUCGUCAUUCAAGAGUCUAGCUCUGAAUCAAGGCCGCAGGUCAUCAAAUUACGCUUCAAGAAGUCGCGAGAUCUUGAUUCUGUCCAGCCGGUUUCUCCGCAACCUCCGCCUAACUCUGCAAUAGUCGAGGACGACUUCCAGCCAAUUCUUUCUAGCGCCCAGCCUCACUCUCUUAUUGCGACAUCGACGCGCGACGCGCUCUCACAGCGAUUGCAGCCUAUCCAGUCUAUCGGAAAGUCGUCUUCGGAGUCGUCUUCGCUGUGGAACUUCGAGUCUCAGCUCCCUGAAGUACGUCGCUUGCUAGCAUCUCCGACAACGCGGUCACGUGGUCAAUCUAUCCCACCGAAGAACUCUUCACCACUCAGCAAAUCAGCUCCCGAGCCAGCGUCUUCACGCCAAGGCAACUCGAGCGGCUUGAGAAUGGAUACUCCUGCUAUUCGGCAGUCGCCGCGUUUGCAAUCGGCCACGCCAGUCUCACGUGCUCGUUCUCCACGGGCUUCACAGCAAUCUAAGAGGGCUCGGACCCCACAGGCCUUGGACGAAUUCAAUUCGAGUACUAUGAGUGCGAAUGUCGUAACGAGUCCUUUGGCUACUAAUCCUCCUCACAUUGCUGAUUGCAGCUCGCAUUCAAUCGACCCCACAUACCUAUCCGCGCAACCAUACCAAGGCGACUCUGUCAUGGGUAUUGCUCCCCAUGCUACCGUCUACGAUCCUGUCCAUGGUGUUAGCGCCCUGCCAAUCCAACAGUCGAUCGAAGAGGAACCCCAAUCUUCUGCAGAUUCAAUAGAGUCGAAAGCUAGUUCAAGCCAAGUGUCCUUGCAAAACGAGCGCAUCGUCCCUCAAGUUGACGGUGUCAGCCUCCCGGUGCAGCCAGUCAUUGGUCCUGGGGAAUACCUAAUUGGUUUACCCGCUGAAGGCAAGAUUCAGUCCAUCUAUAAUGAUCUCAUCCAUGCAAAGAGGAAGUUGAUGUUGAAAUUCAUCUAUCGCCGCGACUCGGUCGGCUCUGCAAACGGAUCUACUAGCCGAACGAUCGAGCGCAAUGAGAUGAUUGAGCUAAUGGAGCGCCUGCAAGAUACCUCAACGCACAUGGACCUUGGUCUCCCUGGUUUUGCUACACAGUAUUCGAUUCAAUCGCAGGAAGCUACAGCCUAUGCGCAGUACGCUGGCUCCAAGUUCGUGUUCCUUGGCGAGCUUAUCUCCAUGAUGCAGUACGUCGACUGCGGACUGGUCAUUGCUUCUAAGCCCGGUCCCGUACAGGAUCUGCUGGCGGACUUUAUCAAGAUGAAACACGUGCAAGUUCGACGGCAUGAUCGACCCAAUUCUGCGAGAGCUGUCACACCCGAAGCUUUGCGCGAUACGCUCAAAGUUGAUCUCAUCACCACCACUUCUGAUGCGGAAGUCAAACUCUCAGCUACCCCAGCACUUAUGAUUGCGUUCGAUGCGUCGUUCGAUAAUCAAAGCUCUCAUGUACGUCGCAUUCGCGAGUUGUACUCACAGGGCCGGGACCAGCCACUUCCGGUAGUGCACCUGCUCGUCACUAAUUCAUCAGAACAUGUGGACCGCUGCCUGCGGAAGGCCAUGCCUUCGCCACAGCGCUUGAAACUCCUGGUCCGUGGCACCUAUCUUGCCCGCGCCAACCUGGGAGGGUCACCGACAUAUGUUCCCCAUGAGUCUGAUGGGCCGGAAGGUGUCCCGAUGGACAUGCACGACCUGCAGAGAGCAGUCAGGAAGAGCCCGAACCGCAAGCUUAAGAUGAUCGCAGCGAUCGUGGCUAGGGCUGCGUUAUCGGCCGACUUUGAGGAAAAUUGGAGUAUCAAUACCUUACCGGAAGUGCAGUAUGAUGAACUGGAAGAGACGCCUCCUGGGAUGAGUGGGAACACAACUACUGCUGGCACCGCCGCUCCGACUCCACGAGAUGGUCGCAUGAGAACCAGAUCUCCCGUCUCACGAUCAGCUACCCCUUCGGGCAAGAAGCGAAUGCUGGACGUCGAUGCGGCGACGUCUCUCCUCCACAAGCGACAACGCUUGACUCCCAUGAGAGAUCUCACACCACUUGCUGAACCAUCUCGUGAUUCCGCAAAGAUUGAGCACUUGCAGGAACAAUUGAAAGCCAUGGCAAUCGAACUCGCUACAGAAAAGGAAUCUCGUUUGAAAGCUGAGGAAGCCCGUGAUGCCACGCUUGUGAAGCUCGAAGAGACCGAGAAGAAGCUACAAGAAUGGCAGAAUGAUCAUUCUGGGCUACUCCGUCGCUAUGAGAAGCAGCGUGACCACAACCGCACCAUCUUCAAGGAAAACAAACGCGUGACUGCAGCGAACGAGAACAUCAAGAUCCAGGCCGACAAGGUCCGCGAAAUAAACACCAAGCUGCGCGGCGAGAACACACAGCUCAAGGCUGACCUGGCCUCCGCCCGUGACGACCUAAAAGCUGAAGGCGGCGACAUUGCGGCCCUCGAGGAAGCCCGUUCGACAGCCCGCACAGCCACCGAGAAGGCUGCCAUGCUUGAAAAGUCGCUAGAGAACACCAAGCGUGACUUCGAGUUCACCCGUCAACAAUACCAGCAAGCGUCGAAUCGUGCCGCAGAGCUCGGUUCGCAGACUACGGAUCUUGAAGCGCAAAUCGAGGUGCUGACACAAAAAGCUUCGGGAGAGCAGCGCCGCCUCAAGGAGAUCAACAAUACCGAGCGCACGAAGCGCGACCGUGACGAAGUCAAGAAGCUGACGCAGGAGAAUCGGGGUUUGGUGGUCAUGGCUAAGAAGUUGGACGAAGAGAACAAGGUAUUGAAGAAGAAUCGUGGCGUCCAGACGAGAGGCAGUAGCGCGCAGCCGCCAGGAAGUCCCGGUAUUGGCGGUGGUUUUGGGCGGCGAAGUCGCCAGAACAGUCCCGCCGUCGGUGCCAGAGAUGAUCGCUUGACUGUUCCUGGAUCCAGUGCGAGUGCGAGGGAUCGUGUCAGUGCAGUCCGGAACGAUCCUUGA